CCUCCCCAGCCGGGCCCUCCCCUUUCCGCGGGAGGCGUCCCGGACAGUGGCUUGGUGGCGCGCAGUUCCCCUUGACUGUGUGCGCCCGCGUCUGGGCUCUUUUGCAGAGGACUCGGUAGCUGCAGCUCCCGGAGCACAGCGGAUAGAGCUGCGGGCUGCGUGCGCCCCUGCUGCCACCGGGCCUGCCGCGGUGGCUCCCGCGCCCUGUGGCGACUUCCGCUCCCGCGCUUCUUUUUGUUCAAGUCCCCGAGCGGCGGCGGGGUCGGAGCCCGCGCCUUGGGCGACUGAGGCGGCCGCAGUCCGCGCCCAGGCGCCGUGGCGAUGCCGGACCCGAUCUCCGUGUCGGAAUUCGUGGCCGAGACCCUUGAGGACUACAUGGCGCCCACGGCCUCUAGCUUCACCACACGCACGGCCCAGUGCCUGAACACCGAGGCGGCCAUCGAGGAGGAUGCAGUGACUUAUGAUGAUGUGCAUGUGAACUUCACUGGGGAAGAGUGGAAUUUGCUGGAUCCUUCCCAGAAGAGUCUCUACAAAGAUGUGAUGCUGGAGACCUACUGGAACCUCACUGUUAUAGGCUACACUUGGGAAACCCAUCAUAUUGAAGGACAUUGUCAAAGUUCAAGAAGAAAUGAAAGGUUUAGUCUCCACUGCCAGCUGCCAUGGACAAGCAGAACAGCAAGCUGCGUCCUGAGGUGCUGCAGGACCUGCGGAAACACAGGGAGUUCACCCACCAUGAGCUUCAGGAGUGGUACAAGGGCUUCCUCAAUGACUGUCCCACUGGCCACCUGACCGUGGACAAUUUCAAGAUCUAGCCCAACUUCUUCCCCUACAGAGAUGCCUCCAAGUUCGCCGAACAUGUCUUCCACAUGUUUGACACCAACAGUGUCAGCACCAUCGACUUCCGAGUGUUCAUCAUUGCUCUGAGCAUGACCUCCCUGGGCAAGCUGGAACAGAAGCUGAAGUGGGCCUUAGCAUGUCCGACCUAGACAGCAAUGGCUACAUCAGCUGCAGUGAAAUGCUGGAGAUAGUGCAGGUACCUGCACUUGACAGGGCCUGGUGCAUGGGGAGUGCAGGCAUCCAGGACCCCCAUCCCCGGCCCCAUACACCAGGUCAUUCCUCUGCCCACUUGCUACCUGGUGUACUAAAGGACUGUAUGUCUUUGCAGAGAGUAACGAUAAAAGCCAAGCAUCUAUUGAUUGCUUGCUGGACAUCUG